AAGGAGGAGAAGGAGGAGGCUCGGCUGAGGGCCAAGGAGGCCAAGGAGGAGCUACAGCGUUUCCUGGAGCAGCACGAGCGGAUGAGCUCCAUUACCCGCUACAGGAAAGCUGAGCAGAUGUUUGGGGAGCAGGAGGUUUGGGCUGUGGUCCCCGAGCGCGACCGCAAGGAGAUCUACGAUGAUGUGCUCUUCUUCCUGGCCAAGAAGGAGAAGGAACACGCCAAGCAGCUGCGCAAGCGGAACAUCCAGGCCCUGAAGAACAUCCUGGACGGCAUGAGCCACGUCAGCUUCCAGACCACCUGGUCCGAGGCCCAGCAGUACCUGAUGGACAACCCCACCUUCGCGGAGGACCGGGACCUGCAGAACAUGGACAAGGAGGACGCACUGAUCUGCUUCGAGGAGCACAUCCGCACGCUGGAGAAGGAGGAGGAGGAGGAGAAGGAGAAGACAAGGCUGCGUGAGAGACGCCAGCAGCGCAAGAACAGAGAGGCCUUCCAGGCCUUUCUGGAUGAGCUGCACGACAAGGGGCAGCUGCACUCCAUGUCCACCUGGAUGGAGCUGUACCCUUCGCUCAGCGCCGACACCCGCUUUGCCAACAUGCUGGGCCAGCCCGGCUCUACCCCCCUGGACUUGUUUAAAUUCUACGUGGAGGAUCUCAAGGCUCGUUUCCAUGACGAGAAGAAGAUCAUCAAGGACAUCUUAAAGGAUCGUGGCUUUGGCGUGGAGGUGAACACGACCUUCGAGGACUUUGCCCACGUGAUCAGCUUUGACAAGAGGGCAGCCACGCUGGAUGCAGGCAACAUCAAGCUCACCUUUAACAGCCUGCUGGAGAAGGCUGAGGCGCGGGAGCGGGAGCGGGAGAAGGAGGAAGUGCGUAAACUACGCCGCCGGGAAGCAGCCUUCAAGAGCAUGCUGAAGCAGGCGGCCCCACCCCUGGAGCCCAGCUCCUCCUGGGACGAGGUGCGGGAGCGCUUCGUCAGUGACCUGGCCUUCGAGCAGAUCACGCUGGAGUCAGAGCGGAUCCGGCUCUUCAGGGAGUUCCUCCAGGUGGUGGAGAACGAGUGCCAGCACUACCACGCCAAGGCCAAGAAACACACCAAGAGAGGCAGGAAGCACCAUCGGAAGCGCUCGCAGUCGGGCUCAGAGUCGGAGCUGGAGUCCCAUCACCAGCGGGCCCAGAAGAGGAAGAAGCGGAAUCACUCGGAGUCCGGCUCGGAGCUCUCCUCCUCUCCUGACUCAGAUCUCAGCUCCCGCAAGUCCAGAAAGCAGAAGAAGAAAAGCAAGAAGAAGAGGCACAAAUCGAACAGCCCCCAGAGCGAGAGCGAGCGAGGGAAGGAGAAAGGCGGAAAGGGGAAGGGGAAGGAGCUGGAGGGGCGACGGCGCUCGCCCCAGCGCAGCCUCAAGAGGGAGAAGAGUGUCUGGGACACGUCAGACAGCGAGCCGAGCGAGGGCGAGCUGGAGAAGCGGCGUCGGACGCUGCUGCAGCAGCUGGACAAUGAUCAGUAGCCAGGUCUGCGGGACUCGCUGAGCUGGGGCUCCCUGGGGCCUCUGUGGGGCCCCCUCAGCCCCCUGCCCAGCCUGGGGAGAGGCUCUGGGCAGCUUGGUGUGGGCAAGGGGCUGCUGCUCUUCCCCAGGACUGGGGGCUUCUGAGAGAGCAGAGAGGGGGUGCCCCGCUCCGCCCAGGACUCCUUCCCCCCAUCCCUGUGGACCCCGCCUGCGCCCGAGGACCCGUCGCCCCCGGGGCUGCCUCAGCGCUCAGAGGACCGGCCCCAGGACAGCUGCGCUUCGGAUGGUGGGGCCCUGGGCUGCAGAGGGUGAAUGCAGCUCGGAGCUGGCGCUCACGCAUUGGCCGGGGUUCCAUGGAUGCCCCUGGCGCCGAGGUUUGUGGGUGCCCGGGCCUCCCCAUGGGGGCGCGUGCUGCUGGGUGGCUAGGACUCCCGGGCCGGCAGCCGGGUUCAGCAGUGUUGCUGGGGGGCGUAGCCCCUUUGGGCCGCUCGUACUCUGGGAAUUAAAGGGUUUUUUAAAUA